AAGUGAUCCGUGGAUGAUCAUGCCAUUACUGUACCUCUGGCGGGGUAACCUGCACAUGCAUCAAGAGUCGCUCCACGGCAACGUCUUUGGUGAACCUAGUGCCUUCAGAUGCCUGUCGAGACAGAAAAGGAGCCCGAGCGCUUCAUCCAUACUCACACAUCAGGGCCUGAUCCUACAAUAUCCGUAACAACAUCGUCCCAAUAUGGCCGUCAGGCCAGCUUUGGUUUCCAACAACAUUAUUGAGCAGGGCAUGUUCUCGGCCUGCCUGGUCUUUUCACUAUUCGCGGUCAACUUCUUUUCCUCCGUCUUCUCACUCAUCUUGCAAGUCCUUCUCCUUGUUACCCGCUUGCCCCUCAUCUUCAUUACCAUCGCCGCCUACGGGAUACUACUGCAAUGGUUCCCAAGUGGCUCCGUUGUUAAGAAGCUUGCUUUAUUCAUACUGAUGGGUAUCUCCGGCACGUGGUGGACCGACCUACAAAUCGAUGGCGUUAGACGUGGCUCGGUAGCCCAACAGCCAUCCUGGCGCCUGCCUCAAGGCGGCUCCGUCAUCGUGUCAUCGGCAACUUCUCCUAUCGACGCUGUGUACCUUGCUGCGGCCUUCGAUCCUAUCUUUACUACAUCUUGUCCUGGGACGCGCAAAGUGCGCCGGCUGGGUUUGCUUCAGGCAAUCCUACGCGGGUUUCGGCGAAUCGGGGAUAAUCCUCUUGGAGACGCUGCCCUUGGGGAGCUGGAGACCUUGCUUGUGGAACACCCAGCGCGAGUCAUUGUGGUGUUCCUGGACUGCCCAAAGACGAACAACAAGGGCUUAUCAAGCCUAGUCGCCGUUCCCCCUUCCACAAAUGCCUUCCGAGUCAGCAUCCGGUACACGCCGCCGGACGUGACAACACCGGACCAUGGCGGGUGCCUGGCAAUCCUCUGGAAUGUGCUCUCCAGUCCUCUGCACCUUAUCCGAGUGCAUAUCGCCGACGACGUGAAUGUCCACACCGCUUUGUCACAGUCACACAAGACGAACAGCGAGCCUGCCAAUUUGGUAGCGCGGCACAACGGAGAUGGUCCGAACCGGAGUUCAAGGUCGAGGAUGACACGCCGACGCACAACUAAACGGCCGCUCAGGGUUCUCGGCGUCAUUAAAGAAUGAGUACAGCAAACAGGCAUCAGCCUUGGGUGGUCAGCAAAGGUCGCGGCAGUGGAGGCGACGGGGAUGGAUUACUAAGCCCCGAGCAACAUGAAUGUAGGCAGCGCCCGUGGUUGGUACAGAUGUAGUUCAACAGAAGA